ACAUGACUUUGUAGCUUUAGCAGGACUGAGCUGUAGCUGCAUUUGCAGUUCGGUUGUUCUUUGAAUAAUAAUGGCCAAUAAUAUCCAGCUACCCGAUUUGCUGCGUUUGAUACGACGGGAUCCCGAAGGAUACUUGGAGGAAUUCACUAAACAGUAUUCGCAUUUCGCGUCGUACGUCGAAGUAUUGGAGGACAAUCCCUCUCAGUUUACGAAACCAGUUUGUGAACUGGUCGUAUUUCUCAGUCAAGUCUCACACUUGUACAAGAAAGAGCUUGCUGAGUUUCCGAAGCGUUUGAUCAGUCUCUUACGAUGUCACUACUCAGUGCUGCACCCAGAGCUCCGGGUGUCCUUCUGCAGGGCGCUGAUACUCAUGCGCAAGAAGGACCUGUUACCUGCCAAGGAUCUGCUGGAGCUGUUCUUCCUGCUAUUCCGAUGCCAGGACAAGCUUCUCAGGAAGUUACUGUUCAACCAUAUUGUGUCUGAUAUCAAGACUAUGAAUGCAAAGCACAAGAACAAUGUGCUUAACAGAACUCUGCAGAACUUCAUGUAUGCUAUGCUAAAAGAUCCACAUGCUAUCGCUGCUAAGAUGUCCUUGGAUGUAAUGGUGGAGCUCUACAAGAAGCAUGUUUGGCGUGACGCGAAAACUGUGAAUGUCAUUGUCACAGCAUGUUUAUCGCCAACAGCCAAGCUGUUGGCAACUGCAGUUCGUUUCUUCCUGGGUGUGGAUGAUGUAGACUCAGAUGAUGAUAGUAGCAGUGAUGAGGAGGAUGCUCCGUCUGCCCGUAAGCUCAUACUGGCCAGUGGUGUCGCGAAGAAGACGCAAAAACGCAGGAAGAAACUGGAAAAGCAGUUAGCCAAGGUUAACAAACUGAAGAAGCGCAAGAAGAAAGGGAAGGACAGUGUUCCGAACUUCUCUGCAUUGCAUCUCAUCCACGACCCCCAGGAGCUAGCAGAGCAGCUAUUUAAGCGUCUUGAGCGUGAAAAUCACACCUUUGAGCUGAGACUGAGCGUGCUUACUUUGAUCGGCCGUCUAGUAGGAGUCCACCAACUCAUAUUAUAUAACUUCUACCCGUACAUUCUGCGUUUCCUGAAGCCACAGCAACGUGAUGUCACUCGUCUGCUGAUGAUCACUGCUCAAGCUGUUCACGAGCAAGUCCCAGCAGAUGUAGUGGAACCAGUCUUGCGUGGAAUUGCAGACAAUUUCAUCACGGAGCGCAACGCGAACGAAGUCAUGGCAGUUGGCUUGAACGCUGCACGGGAAGUGUACACGCGCUGCCCGCAGGCCAUGGGAGAUGGCACGCUGCUGCGUGACUUUGUCCAGUACAAGACACACCGCGAUAGAGGUGUAUCCACAGCCGCACGAUCACUUUUGCAGCUCGGCCGUACAUUCAAUGCCAACCUGCUGAAUCGCAAAGACCGUGGCAAGCCAGGUGUGGAUCGUGAUGUUGAUUCAGAUACCGAUGAUGAAGUUGCUGAAGAUGAGGACGAGGCAGAUGCCGACAUGGAUGAAGAGGAGGGUGUUGAUGGUGCUGAUGACGAUGGAGAUGACAUGGAGGAAGACAGUGAUGAUGGUGAUGAGGAAGAUGAAGAUGAGAUGGAGGAAGAGAAUGAUGACGAGGAGGAGGAUGAAGCUGGCGUUGCUAGUGGGGAUAAUGAAGAUGAAGGUGACAGCGAUGACGAUAAUGGACCCAAUGAAAUUGUCAGUCUCGAAGAUAUCGCCAUGGUGAAUGUCAAGCGGAGGCGGAAUCGGGAAGAAAGGCUGGCUUCAGUUCUUGCUGGUCGUGAAGGUCGGGCCAAGUAUGGUGCACGGAGACCCAAGAUGAACCCGCACGCCAGCACAACCCACAAGGAGAAAAGAAAGUCCAAGAACUUCAUGAUGCUGCGACAGAAGAUGAGGUAUAGUCGGUCGCAACGCUCUUUCAGAGACAAGCAAAUUGCCAUGCGAAAGGCCAUGCAGAAAAACAAGCGUGGGACAAAAUAAGUGAAGAACACUGAAGAUGCUCAUGCAAUUUUUAGGUUGCCGAUUGACAUUUUUUUAACUGGCAAGUUUAGGUCAUGUUAUUAUUUUCUCUUUUUUUAUGAUUUUUUGGCUUUGUUUAAAUUUUCAUAUUAUCGGCAAUGCAGAUGAAGAAGAUGAUGAUGAUGAUGAUGAUGAUAUUGACUUCGUACUAGGUCAAUAUUAUAUAGGAAAUAAAAACCUUGUAAAAGACCUCGGCUGCGUGCAUGCUCCGCGGACUGUGCAUGCGUAGCAUCAAGAGUCCAUGCAGUACAGUGCAUGCUAGUGCAGCAACUACUUCUUUGAUACAUGAUUGUGGCUGCUUACAGCAUAGGUCUACGGCCAGUACGGGGACACCUGUCCAAAAUUGAGACUGAUUUUCUCUCAGCCACGUCUGCUGCCAGAUGCAUCCAGCUGACACUGGAUCAGUUUUGGAAGAACUGAACUUUAUUGGAAGAACACUUGUUUUGUCGUCAUCACUCUUGAUCAACACAUGCGAUAUUUUCCUGUAUAUCGAUAUGGUUGGCUUCCUGAAGCCGAUCACAAUAAGCGAUACAUGUAUAUCGGCCGAUAAGAGAGUGACAAUAGUGUAUAAUUAUAGUGAUUUUAGCUGUAUUUUUCUGAUCUGAUUUUUGAUUUUGACGAGUUCUAACAGUUUAAUAUCGGGUAUUACCAGAUUACACCUGGUCACUUUAUAAACGGUACUCACUGUA